AUGUCUAAGGUUAUGCGAAGUGUCAAGAACGUGACCAAAGGUUACUCCAGUGUCCAAGUCAAGGUCAGAGAAGCAACCAGCAACGAUCCAUGGGGUCCUACGGGAACUCAGAUGAGCGAAAUCGCUCAGCUCACGUACAAUACAUCCACCGAAUUCUAUGAAAUCAUGGACAUGCUUGACAAGCGUCUGAACGACAAGGGGAAAAAUUGGAGACACGUCCUGAAAGCUCUCAAAGUGCUCGACUACUGUCUGCACGAGGGUUCUGAACUUGUCGUGACAUGGGCGAGACAGAGCAUCUACAUCAUCAAGACACUGCGCGAGUUUCAGUACAUCGAUGAAGAUGGCAGAGAUGUUGGGCAGAACGUGCGUGUUGCCGCAAAGGAACUUACGUCACUCAUUCUAGACGAGGAGAGGCUCCGAGCCGAGAGAAGCGAUCGCAAGUCAUGGAAGUCCCGUGUCACCGGCCUCGAAGAAUUUGCUCCUCAGCAUACCAGCCCUACUCAGCCGCGGGUCCGCCGCCGUAUGAGCAACGAAGACGACACCGAAUACAGACUGGCUAUCGAGGCUAGCAAGCACCAGGAGGAAGAGGACCGCCGAAAACGAGCCGGCCGCAAUGCCCACGAAUCUGAAGACGAUGACCUAGCCAAGGCGAUCAAACUAAGCAGGGAGGAGGACGAGCGGCGCAGACGAGAAAUGGAAGACAACAACGCCUCGCUCCUCUUUGAUGACACCCCUGUUCAGUCAACGCAACCGCAGUACACUGGUUUCAACCAAGGCUACCAGCAAGGAAGCGCUGUAGACUUCUUCGCCAAUCCCAUUGACCAGAACCAGCUUCAGACGCAACCCACCGGCUUCAUGAACAAUGCGUACACCGGAUUCCAUCAACAGCCCCAGGCGACAGGUUUUCAGAAUGGCUACGGCAGCGGCGGGUUCGGGAUGGCGAUGGACCCUUACGGACAGCAGCAGGGUAUGCAGGGCUUCCAACCGCAGCAAACGGGCUAUAACCCUUAUGCUCAGCAGAAUUCCACUCCCCAGGAGACAGCCGCGCAGCCGGGAAGCAACAACCCUUGGUCAACGGGUUCGAUGAAGGCAGGUAAUCCAUUGAAGCCAAUGCAGACGGGCUCCAAUAAUCCAUUCGCAUCCUCGUUUGGCCGUCCUCAGACCCAAUCUUCUAUGCCCGCCUUGCCAGAGCAAAAGACACUCUCAGCGUUUAGCCAACCCAGCUUCGUUCAGCAGCAGCAGCAGCAGCCUCAGCAACCUCGGCAAUCUCAAUUGACGGCACAACCAUCCUUCGGAACUCCGCAGAAGGAGCUCACAGAGCAUGAAACCAAACUGAAUGCCUUGCUUGCUGGAGGAGACGGUAUGGACACGUAUGGCAACACCGGCCAGACACGUAUCCCCGCACAGCAUACCGCACCUGGGACCUUUGUCAAUAGCGCCGGCUCUGGAGCUCAGCGACUUACCGCAGAAGCUACAGGAAGCAAUCCGUUUCUCCGAUCACAAUUCACAGGUAUGCCCAGCAUGUCAUAUGGCGGGCAGCAAAUGCCAGCUGCAACAGGCCCCGCAGGUGUCAAUGGCAGUAACAAUCCAUUCGCGGUUGGAAGACCACAACAGCAAAACACCCAGCCGCAGGACCUCAUUCAGUUUUAG